UUUUACAUUUGACAUUUGACGUUGGUAUUUCUCUUCUGAGUUGGGCAACUGACAUAGCAUAAUUUAGCAAACUGUUUAGUCAUUGAUAUCUGAAUUUUUGUUAAUUUUAAAUUAUUAAAUAAAAGCUGCAAAAAUAAAUAAAAAUGCCGGAUUACCUGGGAGAUGAUCAACGUAAAGUUAAACACGAAGAAAAAGAAGAAAAGGAAAUAAAAUCUCUUGAUGAGGGUGAUAUAGAACUACUUAAAACUUACGGACAAAAUCAGUACCACAAGCCAAUUAAGACGAUCGAAGAAGAUAUACAGAAGGCUGUAAAGCAAGUAAAUGAACUAACUGGUAUUAAAGAAAGUGAUACAGGGCUUGCGCCGCCUGCUUUGUGGGAUUUAGCAGCCGAUAAACAAAUUUUGCAAAAUGAACAACCUUUGCAAGUUGCGCGUUGCACGAAAAUUAUUAACGCUGAUUCCGAUGAUCCCAAAUACAUAAUAAAUGUGAAACAAUUUGCAAAAUUUGUUGUUGAUUUGGCAGAUUCAGUAGCACCAACAGAUAUUGAGGAAGGUAUGCGUGUCGGUGUUGAUCGUAAUAAGUACCAAAUACAUAUUCCGUUACCUCCCAAGAUUGAUCCGACAGUAACUAUGAUGCAAGUUGAAGAUAAACCUGAUGUUACAUAUAGUGAUGUUGGUGGUUGUAAGGAACAAAUCGAAAAACUCCGUGAAGUUGUAGAGACACCAUUAUUGCAUCCUGAAAAAUUCGUUAACCUUGGUAUUGAACCACCAAAGGGAGUUUUACUAUUUGGACCACCGGGAACAGGGAAAACACUUUGUGCUCGUGCUGUUGCUAAUCGUACAGACGCUUGCUUUAUACGUGUUAUUGGUUCGGAGCUUGUUCAAAAGUAUGUUGGUGAAGGUGCACGUAUGGUGCGUGAACUUUUCGAAAUGGCACGUUCGAAAAAGGCUUGUCUAAUUUUCUUUGACGAAAUUGAUGCUAUUGGUGGAGCACGUUUCGACGAUGGCGCUGGAGGCGAUAAUGAAGUUCAGCGUACUAUGUUAGAACUUAUAAAUCAGUUGGAUGGUUUCGAUCCGCGCGGUAAUAUUAAAGUGCUUAUGGCUACCAAUAGACCCGACACACUUGAUCCUGCUUUGAUGCGUCCUGGUCGUUUAGAUCGUAAGGUGGAAUUCGGCUUGCCAGAUUUGGAGGGGCGUUCACACAUAUUUAAGAUUCAUGCUCGUUCGAUGUCCGUUGAGCGUGAUAUACGUUUCGAGCUAUUGGCGCGUCUCUGUCCAAACUCUACUGGAGCUGAAAUCCGUUCAGUUUGUACUGAAGCAGGCAUGUUUGCUAUUCGUGCACGUCGUAAGGUUGCAACAGAAAAAGACUUUUUGGAAGCUGUUAAUAAAGUUAUUAAGAGUUAUGCUAAAUUCAGCGCCACGCCACGUUAUAUGACUUACAAUUAACUUUUAUGAUUAGUUUAGUUUGAUGCUAUAUCAAAAUUUAAAAACAAACAUUUUUCGAUUAAACUUAUAUUGAAUAAUAAAUAACUUAUUUUGUAAUGAUAAAAUAAAGUUCAGUAUAUUACACAUAAUAAAAACAU